AUGCAUCAAGACGACGAGCACGGGGAGAAAUCCCAUCAUGGUACUGCCCGCAGCGAUGGAGACAGUGACCAUGUCCAGAAUAUAUCCGCUCUCGAGAAGACCUCGCAUGACACUGUAGAGUCUGGUCCGUCGGACAUGCCAUUGUCAGCGGAUCCUAACAACCCUCUUAAUUGGCCUCAAUGGAAGAAAGAUAUCAACCUAGUCAUGAUCUCGUUCCACGCGAUGAUGACGAAUUUCGUUGGAGCAGGCAUCAUCCCAGUGUAUGCGACCUUUGCCGAGAUGUUCGGUGUCUCCAUCCAAGAUAUCAGCUACUUCACCUCCAUCCACAUCCUGUUCACCGGUCUCGCCCCGUUCCUUCUCCACCCACUUUCUAGCCGCUUUGGUCGGCGUCCUAUCUGGCUCGUCUGCACAUUUUGCACGGCAGUGUGUAAUAUCGGAUGUGCAAAUAGCAACAGCUACGCAGCGAUGAUCAUCUGUCGCAUUCUAGGGUCGCUAUUUAUCAGUGCCCCAAUUGCCCUAGGGCCCCCGGUGGUGGUCGAGAUGUACCCGGAACAUGAAAGGGGGUACAAGUUGGGUAUUUGGACCGUGCUGGUCACUCUCGGCCCGCCUGUAGGACCAUUUAUCAUGGGGUUCGUCGCACAAAGGGUAGGCUGGGAGUGGGUAUACUGGACAUUCGCGAUCGUCAGCGGAGUGCAGUUCGUGCUGUAUUUCUUCCUCAGCGAUGAGACACGGUACUUGGGCCCAGAUUCAUCCACCAAGAAAAGCGACGCAGUCCCGUUGCAGAAGACCUCAUGGGCGAAGAAGUUCCUAACCUUCCGUCGAAUUGACCCAACGCCGUUCGCAGCGUCAGACCUAUGGCGUCCGUUCCUCAUGGCGCGACACAUGCGCAUCGUCCUCUCUAUCUGCUGCCACACAAUGGUCUUUUGUCUUUCCGCAGCGUUGCUGACAGUGGAAAUCCCACAGCUAUUCAGCGAACGGUUCGGGUUCGACUCUCAGCAAGUCGGACUGCAGUUCCUAGGAAUCAUCAUCGGGACGGUUACAGGGGAGAUAGCCAACGCCGUGUUUCACGCACUGCUCAACGCUCGAACCGUCAAAAGUGGACGAGCCCACAUGAAGCUGUCCUGGUACAUCUCCACCAGCUAUAUCGGGUUUGCGUGCAUGGUAGUCGGGUUGGUGGUGUUCUGCGUCCAGCUGGACCGCACAACCCCGAUGCACUAUAGCGUCGUUCCAAUUGUGGGUAUUGGAAUUGCGGGUUUUGGCAAUCAGGUGGUAGCCAAUUUCUUGAUCAACUAUGCUAUGCAAUUCGAUCCUGAGCACGCUGCGCUGACGUCGGUUCUGUUGGGCUUCAUCCGGCAGACGUGGUGCUUUAUCGGACCGUUUUGGUUUCCUCCUAUGUUUGAGACGCUGGGGUUGAACGGGUCGGCGGGGCUGUUGGUGGGAUUGUUGGUGGUUAGCGUUUUGCCGUUGGUAUGGAUGCAGUGGAGGUAUGGGCGGGAUGUUUAG